UUUGUACAUGAAUGUGUUGAAACGCUGAAACAGAAUAACUACUGUGAAAAAAGUGAACAAAAGGACUUUCUAUCUGUAUAUCCAUCCAUAUCUGCGUGUGUGGGAGGAGCCUCAGAGUGAGCCCUCUCUCUGUCAGAGGAUCUUCGUCCCGGCUUCUCUCGUCCCCCAGCAGCGGAUCAGAGUGAAUCCUCUUCCUCGGCAGGAUGGCAGGCAGCGCAUGGAGGUCAAUGCUGACCCAGGUGGUGGCAGGGGCGGUGAAGAGACCCGCUCUCUCUUCCUUUUCCAGAGGGAUGCAGACAGUCACACUGAUUCCUGGAGAUGGAAUUGGACCUGAGAUCUCCAACGCCGUCAUGAAGAUCUUUGAAACGGCGAAAGCUCCGAUCAGAUGGGAGGAGAGGAACGUGACUGCGAUUAAGGGACCUGGUGGCAAAUGGAUGAUUCCUUCUGACGCCAAAGAAUCCAUGGACAAGAGCAAGAUCGGACUGAAAGGACCCCUGAAGACGCCCAUCGCUGCAGGUCACCCCUCCAUGAACCUGCUGCUGAGGAAGACCUUUGACCUGUACGCCAACGUGCGACCCUGCAUCUCCAUCGAGGGCUACAAGACUCCGUACACCGACGUCGACCUGGUCACCAUCCGAGAGAACACAGAGGGCGAAUACAGCGGCAUCGAACACGUGAUCGUCGACGGCGUCGUUCAGAGCAUCAAGCUGAUCACAGAGAACGCCAGCAGACGCAUCGCGGAGUACGCCUUCGAGUACGCCAGAAACAACAAAAGAAACAGCGUGACGGCCGUCCACAAAGCAAACAUCAUGCGAAUGUCAGACGGUCUGUUUCUGAGGAAAUGUCGCGAGGUGGCCGAAGGCUUCAAAGAUAUCAAGUUUACUGAGAUGUACCUCGACACAGUGUGCCUCAAUAUGGUUCAGGAUCCCACCCAGUUUGACGUUCUGGUCAUGCCCAACCUGUACGGAGACAUCCUCAGCGAUCUGUGUGCCGGUCUAAUCGGAGGACUCGGAGUCACUCCCAGCGGGAACAUCGGAGCAAACGGAGUCGCUAUUUUUGAAUCGGUUCACGGUACGGCCCCAGACAUCGCCGGUUUGGACAUGGCGAACCCCACCGCCCUGCUGCUCAGUGCUGUCAUGAUGCUGCGUCACAUGGGUCUCCACGACCACGGCAACAAGAUCCAGACGGCGUGUUUUGAUACCAUCAGAGACAAGAAGGUGCUGACGAAGGACCUCGGUGGAAACUCCAAGUGUUCAGAGUUUACAGGUGAAAUCUGUCGUCGCAUUCAAGACAUGGAGUGAGCCUGCAGCGAGGGAGCCGCUGUGGGAGCCUCCGCCAACCACCAGAGCCACGCCUCCUCCAAAACCCCACCCACCCUCCUCCCUGCCUCCCCCCCGCGGAUCAGUCUUACCUCUCUGGCGCUGCAGGGACACGGUCUGCCGGGAGGCUCGGAGAUGCAGCUUCUGUUUUUUUUCUUUCAUCUGUAUUUACAAAUAGAGAAAUCUGUUCUUUGUAGUGACAUGACGGGGGCGUGAAGGGGGCGGGGCUUCUGCAGCAGCGACCUGAUUAGUUACAUGACGAAACAUUCACAGCAAGCAUACGCACAAUUCUCACAUGACCAAGUUUGAAUGAAAUCCUGACAGGAGUGUGUCUUACUCAAAGUAUCAUCACCAUCUUAACAUGAAUAAUAUCAGCACUCCACGUCGCUCUUUUUUUAACGGUGAUGCAGUGCAGCAGCCGUUCCCCAAAUGUCCUCUUAUUUAUUGUUUCCUGUUACUGUCUCAUGCUGCUCUCUUCAGUUUCAGAGAUUCACAAAGAUAUAAACGUAUAUAAAGAAGGAGAGAACACACUGAUCCUGUCUUUCUUCUUUCUUCUCAUCAUCACGAGUUCAAACACGCAGCUUUUACUGAGUGCUUCAAACACUCAGACUCAUUAAAAAGGGCUUUUUGAAAAGGAUUUAUCUGAUGAAUGUUGUUGUUUUAAUGAGAAUAAAUACUAAAUGCAUGAAACGGAA